CUGUGUAAACGACCGGACAACUGUCCCGACAAAUAUGGGGAGAAGAUUACUUUGAAACAGCACAAACUGACUGUCCAUUAUUUCUGUGUGCUGAUGUCUAGUGGAGUGUACCAGCGUGGUCAGGAUCAUGAGGGAAUCUAUGGCUUUCUGGUGGAAGACAUCAGAAAAGAAAUCCAAAGAUCCUCUCGACUGAGGUGCACAGGCUGUCGUCGGACUGGGGCCUCGGUCGGGUGUUUUGUCAAAAGCUGCAGACAAAUGGUUCAUUUCCCAUGUGGAAUACAGCAGGAGUUCAUCUCCCAGUUUACCGGCACCUUUCCGUCUUUUUGUCGAGAACACAGGCCGACUCAGACUGUGUCGAUCAGCCCCAGUUUGCCGCUGUCCUGUUCUGUGUGUCUGGAGCCCAUAGAGCCUGAGCUCUCCUACUCUGUGCUCAAAUGUCCGGUCUGUCACAGCAGCUGGUUUCACAGAGACUGUGUGCAGCACCAAGCAUACAGCGCCGCCCUGUUUUUCUUCAAAUGCACCAUUUGCAACAACAAGGAGCAGUUCCAGCAAGAGAUGCUGCGGAUGGGGAUACACAUACCAGAGAGAGAUGCAUCGUGGGAGUUGGAGGAAAAUGCCUACGGAGAGUUGCUUCAGGUAUACCAGCAAUGUGAUGCAGCCAAAUGUCAUUGUUCCAGAGGGAGAAAACAUAGCGCACGGUCAGGGAAAUUUGAGGUGAUUCGCUGUAAGUACUGCGGUUCCCGUGGAACCCACCGAAGAUGCUCCAACCUCACGCUCUACGAGACCAGCUGGGCAUGUGCAGACUGCCUGUCCGUUACCGAGGGAACCGUGUCACCAUUGCCAAAUCAUGUUCGCUCUCCGCUCUCACAGAGGCAGAAAAGAAAGAGUCUCAUUGAGAAGUGUUUCGCCAAUCGUCAGUCUGGUCUGGUCACCAAAAGGCACUGCACGCUCGCCACGCCGGCAGAGGUCCUGCAGAAUCUGGCCGCCCAGAUCACUCCGCAGCAGUUUACAAAGGUGUCGGUGAACCAAGGGGACGUGAUCAAGGCCGCGUUUGCUUUUUUACGACACAGCGACUUCAACCCUUGCCACGCCCUCUCCGUCACCUUCGCUGGCGACAAGAGCAAACCCGGAGUGAGGAGUCUCCGCCGCUUUCUGAGAGUUCUCGUCCAAAACCUGAAGACACUGGAGAUCUUUGAAGGACCAGAUGGACAUAAAAACCUGGCCCUGAACUCAAAGGCUCUGAGGGAGGAUGUGUAUUUUGAGGUGGGCAGUUUGCUGGCCCUCUGUCUGGUCCACGGUGGACCUCCUGUGGGGUUUUUAUCCAAAGCACUCUACCACUGCCUGUUUUACUUCCCUAACCAACAUCAGCUGUCUGUGGAUGACUUGGCAGACACGCCAUUCACCGACAAAGUGAAGAGGAUACAGGAGGCGAGGUCAGUGAAGGAGCUGAGGGAGGCGGUGUUGGCCGCGUCGGAGUACCUGGAGGUGGCGGGAUGCCACCGGCCAAUCACGUGCCUGUCGGAUAAAGACAUGCUAGUGGAAGAUCUCAUUAACUUCCACCUGGUCAUACGAAUGCAGCUUCCCCUCCAAAGAUUUCGUGAGGGUCUGCGGACGCUGGGCGUGUUUGAGCACGUGCAGGCGUGUCCUGAAGCCUUUUUCCCCGUCUUCUGUGAGCCACAGGAGAGUCUGACGGCACAGUGUGUGGCCAGGCUCUUCGCCGCCCAGCACUCUGAAGAGGAGGAGCUGAAAGCUAAGGAGAUCACUACAAUCGCCUUCUGGGAACAGUAUCUACAAGAGUGUGAAGAGGGCAUGUGUGCCACUUCGCUGGACGACGUGCUCAUCUUUGCCACCGCCGCGGACGCCGUCCCCGCCGUGGGGUUCAACCCCACCCCCACCCUCCACUUCCUCCACCCGGCGGAGUCCUCGUCGGCUGUGCCGCGGAGCCAGCCGGACGCCAACUGCCUGAGCCUGCCCGUUCUCCCCGCCUACGAGAUCUUUAAGAAACACGUGGAGUAUGCCGUGUGUCAGCUGUCUCUCCUGGAGGGAGUCUGA